GGGGGGGGGAAGCUCUCCUGUCACAUUGUAGGGUAUGAUUUCGGAGUGAUAUGGAUACCGGCGAAGAAACGAGCCUUGGAGAUAGAUUCUCCGCCAGUGCGCAAGCGCCAGAUGGUCAGCGCCACGCCCAGUCUUCCGAGCCGGCCUUGGGUGGAAACCUGGACAUACACGGCGUCAGUGCCACUUUAUACGCCCGAGCCGUGGGGCCCUGGCAACACCGUCAUUUUGGCAACCACCAUGGAGUAUAUUUCCACGUCCACAUUCACCAGGGAAAUUGUGCUGUCUCCUACGGAGCGUCGUCGCCGUCGUCGUACAGUCCGACAUUAUCCUCGAGCUCCACAGCUCCAUCAGCCUCGUCGAAUCCCUCCACCGAUGGCCGCUGCGGUGCUGACUUUGGAGGAACGACCUGCACCGGCACAGCCUACGGCGAAUGCUGUUCCACCUGGGGGGUGGUGCGGCUCCGCACCCAGCUGCUGCGGCCAUUUGGUUUGCGACGCGCAGUACGGGCACAUGCGACCCGGUUCCGGAUGAACCGCCCUUCUCGGCAGAUGGCAUCUGCGGCGUCAACAGCUUUAUCGGCGCAACGUGUGCGGGUUCGGCGUUUGGCGACUGCUGCAGUUGGGCUGGAGAAUGCGGAUCUGGCAACGCAUACUGCUCUCCCGAGAACUGCGAUCCGGUGUACGGGACCUGCGGCGGCGGCGGCGGCUCGGGUCCGCCGGUCUCCACAGCGAUCCCGACGGUAUUGUAGAAGCACAAAUGCCUUUUGCGGGACGGGAUGUCAGUCAGCUUUUGGUUCUUGUACAGUGAGUAGCGGUAUUGGGCAUAGCCGUGUUCGGUCGGGGGCAUAAACG